AUGGGUUUAUGGGUGUCCGCUGCACAUGGUUGGAGCCGUUGUGAAUUCCAGAUGGUAAAAGCUACGUUUAAAGAUGCAGAGGUCUUAGAAAAAGGAGCAGGAAAUGAUCCUACUUUAUGUGAAAGGCCUGGGUUCAUGAAAAAACUCGAAACCGAAGUUCGACUUAUAGUCCAACCCAACAAACCUAUAACUGAGGACGAUCUAGACCAAAUGCCCUACCUAAAAGCCAUGAUCAAAGAGACCCGACGCCUCCACCCUCCGAUUCCCAUUCUCACGCCCCGGGAAACAACUAAAGACAUCCAAGUAAUGGGCUACAACAUUGCAGCCGGGACACGGGUGGUAACCAACGCCUGGGCUAUCGGGCGGGACCCGUCGUCGUGGGACGAGCCCGAGGAGUUUAGGCCAGAGAGGUUUUUGAACAGCUUGGUAGAUUUCAGAGGACACGAUUUCGAGUUGAUUCCGUUCGAGGCGGGGAGGAGGGGGUGCCCGGGCAUUCAAUUUUCCGCGGUGGUUAACGAGCUGGCAUUGGCAAAUCUUGUGCAUAAGUUUGAUUUUGCAAUGCCUGAUGGGGUGGAGUUCCAUAUGAGUGAAGCUGCUGGUUUUUCUGUUCGUAAAAUGCAUCCCCUACUUCUUGUUGCGACUCCCCGUACUUGUUAAUUUCUCUAGGUUAAAAGGACCUUACUAAUGGUGCAGACUAUGCAGUAUGAAAUCAUAUACAACCUAUUUUUCAUAAUAGCUACGUCUACCGCACGGUUUCACCGCUCUCUUUCACCGCUAUCUCAAUCUCAUUGUUUAUCUCGGCAAUCAAUAGUUUAAAAAAACUCGGUGAGAUAUGCAAGCACUAUCCCCCGCAAAAAACCAAAGUGAUUAAAGAGCAAGAGACAAAAGCAAUACAUUAACAAAAGCGCGAUGCUGUAGAUCACGGAAGAUACGAGGAUCGUUAUAGCUAUCCUCAAUGUCAAUGGUGUGCUUUCGCAUGUGUUUUGUCCGAGUAUGGCUUCUCUCUUCUCGUGCCUGGAUUCUUCACCAUAGGUAACGUUAGGAUCCUUGUGUUUUACUAAUUUUGUAACUAGGCAACAUCAAGUUAUAAUUAAUCCCCAAAUGGUCUCA